AUGAAUGACCAUGUGUGUAGAAGGUUCCUUUUUGUAAGGAACUGGUUUCCCGAUAAAUUAGACAGUGAAGGAAGCUAUCAAUUCAUUAUGGAUGAAAAUAAUUUAAAUGGGUAUUGUACUAGUAAUAGAUGUGAUGGUGAUCUUGAAAAAAUUAAUGCUGGAUGUUUAUUUUUGUUUGAUGCAUUUUUUAAGGAUUCUUCUUCGUUUAAGUAUCAUAAUAACAUCAAUAUUGUUGAUUACAUUAUGAUAUGGUUAAGUUAUAUGUUAAACCUAAAGAAAAAUAAGGAUGGAACCAGCAAUCUACAAUAUUUUAAUAAAACAUAUAUAAAUAGCAAUGAAAAGUAUAAAACUCCUAUAACUGGUGUUGAGGGGUAUACUAGUUACAAGGAUCUUAUAGAUAAAAAGCAUGAUUUGACGAAAGUGGAUAUUAAAGAUAUAUCUAAAUUUUAUGAUGCAUUUAAAUUAUUAUGUGAAAUGUAUACAAAUUUUGAUGAAAACACAUCAUAUUGCACAGGAUGUUCGGAAAAUGCUAAUAAAUUUGUUGCAAAACAUGGCGAGCUUAAGAACGAUUCUAGUAUAACUAGUAAUAGUUCCUAUAAACAACUAUUUUCUACUUUAUCAAAUGAUUAUAAUAAUUUUAAAAAUUAUUGUACUAGUAAAGGUGGUAAUUGUAAGGAUAUUCCAUCCCUUCCAUCGAUAGAAACAACAAAAAUUACUGCAGAUUUGCCUGAACAAACUAAACAAAUUCAACAAACUGUAGAAACUUCUGAACAAACUGCGCAAGGUUCUGCACAUAGUUCUGGACGAUUUUCUGAAGAUCCAUCAUCAAGCUCGCCAAUAGGAAACAAAUUAUUUACCGUUUUAUCGAUAUUUGGUGCAAUAGCAUUUUUUUUAGGAAUUUCUUAUAAGUAUUCGUUAUUUGGAUUUCGGAAACGAGCUCAAAAGCAAUAUUUAAGAGAAAAAAUAAAAAUAUAA